AAUCGCACCGUCAGGAAAAGUUUGUAAACACAAUGGCUGAGGAGCAAGCUCAGACAUCAAACGAAGAGCCCGUUCCUCUGUUCCUCAUAACAUCAAACACGGCACAGCAGAAUAAGAGGAAAAGGGUCGCAGACAAAGAGCGGGUUGAGGAGGGAGUGUCAGAUGAAGCCAGGAUAAACAUCGGAGCCGCUUUUCAGAGGUGGAGGGAUUUACGGGAACUGAAAGGGUUCAAAACUGAUGCAGAGUUCGCGACAUUUCUGCUGGACAGAGAUGCUGACUUUGAAAAGGAAGAGCUGAGUUUCAGUGAAGCAGAAAAACCUUCUGCUCAGGUUUCAAUGUCAAGUGUUGACCGUGCAGAGGACUGGGUGUGUUCUCCGGGCGAGGACAAAGGAGACGUUUCAACAUCAGAGGAUGAGGAUGGCGUCAGUGACAAUAAGGAUGAGGACUACAUCCCUCCAGUAUACAUUCACGGUGGCAGUGCCAGUAAAACUAAAAUGCACUCGGAUUAUCCAGAGUCUAUCAGCAAAGGGGACGCUUCACGUGAAACUGCAGAGCCAACGGAGCAGCUGCCAGGGGGCAUGGAAAAAACGAAAGUCCAGAGAAACAGGCCUCAUCAUCAGCUUGGAAACCAGGAAAUGAAUGCUGCAAACAAACACCUCCAAUGGAAAACAGAGGAAGGCCACAGAGCUGAAACACGGGAGCAGGAUCAUAGAGCAGCACCUACAAGUAUUUAUUUUUGUUCAGGAGAAUUUUUAGGUGCGAGUCCAGAAUCCACCAGUGAGCACACCGGCCUCGCUUACAAGACCGAAGAGGUAAAACCGCCGCAGGAGCUUCGCAGACCGAAGAAGAUCUACAAGUGUCAGACCUGUAGUAGAGUGUUCCCUCGGUACAAUGCACUGCAGCGCCACCUUGUGAUUCACUCGGGAAAAAGACCUUUCAAAUGCUUCAUAUGUGGAAGGGGGUUCACCCAGAGUGGAAACCUCAAAACACACAUGAAAGUUCACAGAGGUGACCUUCCAAAGUGGACAUUAGUUCAAAAGAAGAGCGAGCCUAAAGAAUCGCCUGCUACAGUUCACGUGUGUGGGGAGUGUGGAAUGGACUUCCCUGAGAAACAUCAGCUAGAGGAACACCGUGAGACUCACAAGAAACCCUACGCAUGUCCCGACUGCGGCAAGAGAUUCAAACAGGAAAAUGGCGUUAAAAUCCACAUGCGCCUCCACUCGGGAGAUUCCCUUUUCUUCUGUUCCGCCUGUGGGAAACACUGCACUACGGCUAAAAUGCUUAAAAUACAUAUGCUCACUCACACCGGAGAAAAGAAUUACCAUUGCGAUCAGUGUGGGAGGGCGUUUUCACGCUCUUCCUAUCUAAAGUUGCACCUCAGAACUCACACCGGAGAGCGACCUCACCUGUGCUCGAUCUGUGGUAAACGUUACUCCAGAGCAGAUACUCUUAAAGCCCACCUGAGAGUUCACACCGGAGAGAACCCGUACACGUGUAAGAUGUGCGGGAAGUGUUUCUAUUAUUAUCAGGGUUAUCAAGCACAUGUGAAGACUCAUAACAAGAAGCCCAAAAAAGCUACAAGACCUCUGGGGAGACCAAAACAACAGCUGAUAGUGGUAAAUAAUCAAUAAUGGGAUUUUAGAAAAAUAAGACAAUAUUAAAUUAUUUUUGUUAUAUAAUAUACCUUUAACUCUCUACAGAGAAAUUUCUGAAGUGGUUGGAA